CCGCUGACGUCACCGCGGCCCCGCCUCCCCAGGGCCCCGGGCCGCCGGCGGGGGCUGCCCGGGGGAGUCAGUUGCGGCGGCGGGGAGCUCGGCGGAGGGCGGGCCGGGGCGCCGGGGCCAUGCCGAGGAAGAAGCCCUUCAGCGUGAAGCAGAAGAAGAAGCAGCUGCAGGACAAGCGGGAGCGGAAGCGAGGGCUCCAAGAUGGGCUUCGCUCCAGUUCCAACAGCCGCAGCGGGAGCCGGGAGCGGCGGGAGGAGCAGACCGACACGUCGGAUGGGGAAUCCGUGACCCAUCAUAUCCGCAGGCUCAACCAGCAACCUUCCCAGGGCCUGGGGCCCAGAGGCUACGACCCCAACCGAUACCGGCUCCAUUUUGAACGGGACAGCCGGGAGGAGGUGGAGAGGAGAAAGAGAGCAGCCCGGGAGCAAGUGUUGCAGCCGGUCAGUGCUGAAGUGCUGGAGUUGGAUAUCCGGGAAGUGUAUCAGCCUGGCUCAGUCCUGGACUUUCCCCGGCGGCCUCCUUGGAGCUAUGAGAUGUCCAAGGAACAGCUAAUGAGCCAAGAGGAGCGGAGCUUCCAGGAAUACCUUGGGAAGAUACACGGGGCAUACACGGCCGAGAAACUCAGCUACUUUGAGCACAAUCUGGAGACAUGGAGGCAGCUGUGGCGGGUGUUAGAGAUGUCUGACAUCGUUUUGCUCAUUACGGACAUCCGACAUCCGGUUGUGAACUUCCCACCAGCACUUUACGAGUAUGUAACUGGAGAACUUGGGCUGGCCCUGGUGCUGGUCUUGAACAAGGUGGACCUGGCCCCACCAGCUCUUGUGGUUGCCUGGAAGCACUAUUUCCACCAGCACUACCCCCAGCUCCACAUCGUCCUGUUCACUUCCUUCCCUCGGGACACUCGAACCCCACAGGGGCCGGGUAGUGUCUUGAAGAAGAAUCGGAGACGGGGGAGAGGAUGGACUCGGGCACUGGGGCCAGAGCAGUUGCUGAAAGCCUGUGAAGCCAUCACUAUGGGAAAAGUGGACUUGAGCAGCUGGCGGGAGAAGAUUGCUAGGGACGUGGCUGGGGCGUCCUGGGGUAAUGCCUCCGGUGAGGAAGAGGAGGAGGAGGACGGGCCAGCAGUACUGGUAGAGCAGCAGACUGACUCAGCGAUGGAGCCCACGGGCCCCUCCAGAGAGCGCUACAAGGAUGGGGUGGUGACCAUUGGCUGUGUAGGUUUCCCCAAUGUGGGGAAGUCCUCGCUGAUCAACGGGCUGGUGGGGCGGAAGGUGGUGAGUGUCUCUAGAACGCCAGGCCACACCCGGUAUUUUCAGACCUACUUUCUCACCCCCUCUGUGAAGCUCUGUGACUGUCCGGGCCUUAUCUUCCCCUCUCUGCUGCCCAGGCAGCUGCAGGUUCUGGCUGGAAUCUACCCUAUUGCCCAGAUCCAGGAGCCCUACACUUCCGUGGGCUACCUGGCUUCCAGAAUCCCUGUGCAGGCCCUGCUGCACCUGCGCCACCCAGAGGCUGAGGACCCUUCAGCUGAGCACCCCUGGUGUGCCUGGGACAUCUGCGAAGCUUGGGCAGAGAAACGUGGUUAUAAAACAGCCAAGGCAGCUCGAAAUGAUGUGUACAGAGCAGCCAACAGCCUCCUUCGGCUGGCAGUGGAUGGCCGCCUCAGCCUGUGUUUCCACCCUCCUGGCUACAGCGAACAGAGAGGCACCUGGGAGUCUCAUGCAGAGACGGCAGAGCUGGUGCUGUCACAGGGCAAGGUGGGGCCGUCUGGUGAUGAAGAAGAGGAGGAGGAGGAGGAACUGAGCAGCUCCUGUGAGGAGGAAGGAGAGGAGGACCGGGAUGCAGAUGAAGAGGGAGAAGGAGAUGAGGACACCCCAACUUCAGAUCCUGGGUCCUGCCUUGCGGCCCGAAACCCCUAUGCCCUGCUAGGAGAGGAUGAGUGCUGAGCCCGCCUGGUACCAUGUCCCCUCAGUAGGGGAGGAUGAGUGCUGAGCCCCGCCUGGUACCAUGUCCCCUCAGUAGCUUUGCUUCUGGGCUGAGCUGGAGGUGUCUUCCCUUUGCCACCCUGAUUGUGAAUAAAGAUUGUCUGCUUUGUAGCCCCUUCCCCAGGUGGCCUGAGGUGAGAGCGGUUGGUGUGGGCUGACCGCUCUUGGGGCCUUUUUGCCUUUCUUCUUCAUUCUCUUUGGGAAGCAGAGCUAUCCGAGGCUGCUGCCCACUCUCUCACGUAGCACUUUAGGAAUCGCCAUGACAGGAGGUCUAAGGCAGGCUCACCUGGAGUUAGCCCUCCUCUCCUGCACUUCUACAAAGUCCUGUUGCCCCUGAUGCUUGGCCUUGGUUUUACGAGCACUUUGUGGGUGAAGGAGCCACAGAUGUGUGUCACCCCGGAAGCUUUUUAUAGGAAUUUUCUAAAUUCAGUGAACAUUUAUCAAAUUUGUGUCUGGGACUGUGUUAAGUACAAAACCCAUUGUAUGGUGCCGAAGCCAGGACUGGUCGUGACCCAGACCUCAUGGAGCACAGACUUUGGGAUUAAGCUGGGGGUGUGAAGGUUUUCCAAAUUCUGGGGACCUGUGGAGUAUAAUUCUGGAAUUUAUUGAUACUGAAAUGUAAAUGUGACAAAAAGCUUGUGAAAACGUUAAUGAAAUGUGUGCAAGCAGAGACUUAAUUACAGCAAACAGCAGU